AUGUCGUCGUUCAAGGUCAAGGCCAUCUUCGAGUACGCCUCGCCUCACGAGGACGAUCUCAACUUCCCCGCCGGCCAGAUCAUUACCGUCACCGACGAGGAGGACGCCGAUUGGUAUGGCGGAGAAUACGUCGACGAGGCCGGUGUCAAGCAAGAGGGCAUCUUCCCUCGCAACUUCGUCGAACGCUACGAACCCCAAGCUCCGCCCCGCCCAACAAGACCAACCCGUGCUGCCAAGACGGAGCCUGAGCCUGCUCCUGAACCAGUGCGCUCGCCAUCGCCUACUCCUGUUGCUUCCGCCGCUCCGCCUGUACCUGCACCAGCUGCCGAACCCCCGGCCCCCAAGCCCGCUCCGCCCGCGCAGGCAUCCGCCCCUCCGCCGCCAGUUCCGCAGGCAGUUCCGCAGCCUGCCGAAGCUCCGAGAGUGACGUCUCCGCCUCCCAAGCCCGCCCCUACACAGCAGCAGCAGCAAUCCAAGCCCAGCGGCCCUCCCCCCGUCGCAGAGAAGCCCUCGAGCUUCAAGGAUCGCCUUGCUCUCUUCAACAAAGCUGCGGCCCCUCCCCCUGCUCCCUUUAAGCCUACCGGUUUGAGCUCGGGCGCCAACUUCAUCAAGAAACCCUUUGUUGCGCCUCCUCCGAGCAGGAAUGCUUACAUUCCUCCUCCGCAGCAAGCUCCUGUUGCCAAGAUCUACCGCCGCGAUGAGGAUCCGGAGAUCAGGGAACAGGAGGCUCAAGCCCAGGAGAAUGCUGCCAAGGCAGGUCUCGUCCCUGCCACUGCCUCUGCCUCGAACGAGGGAGAAGGUGAGGAGGAUCAGCCGAAGCCGUUGAGCCUCAAGGAGCGUCUGGCCCUUCUGCAGAAGCAGCAGAUGGAGACGGCUGCUCGACAUGAGGCCAAGAAGGAAAAGCCCAAGAAGCCCGUCAAGAAGAAGGUUGAAACCCACGAAGCCGCCGAGGAGGGCGAACCUGCCGCGGUACCCCUCGAAAGACACGACACCGAAGAAACUGUAAGAAAGUCGGUGGAUGAGGCUCACCAACCACGCGUGCCAGCACCCAGGCGCAAGUCAAACUUUGGUGUUGAGCCCAAUGAUGGCAACGAGGCCGACAUGUCUGGCGCCGGUGAGACAACGGAAGGACAAGAGGAUAUGACCGAAAAGGAGGAGGUUGAAGAGCACAAGCAUGUUGCUACCGCCGCUAAGCAGGAAGAUCCCAAGCUUGAUCAGGAAGAGGACGAAGCAGAAGAGGAGGAGGAGGAGGAGGAAGAAGAGGAAGAGAUCGACCCUGAGGUCCGGCGUAGGGAGGAACUGCGUGCUAGAAUGGCCAAGAUGUCCGGCGGCAUGGGUUUGCCCGGAAUGCCUGGCAUCUCCCUUUUCGGCGGCCCGCCUCCUAUGCUGCCCAAGAAGAAGAAGCCGGUUCCUGAAAAGGUGGAGGAAUCUGAAGAGCAGCCCACGUCCCCGGUUCAGCGUGCGCCUCCCAUCCCGACCAUGAUGGCCCUCCCUGGUAUGUCCCGGGCACCGGAACCUGUGCGUUCCCCUGAAGUCGAGGAGCCUCGUUCGCCCUUGCAUGCGCCGCCGCCGCCCACUCGUCCUCCUCAGCAGGCCGAACCGGAGCAGCCAGUCUCCGAAGAGGAGGAGGAAGAGGAGGAGACUGAGGCCCCAACACCGUAUCAGGCACCACCUCCUGUGCCCGGUGGAAGACCAGCUCCACCCCCUGUUCCUACCGAGGCCCGUCCGCCUCCCCCGCCUCCGACUGCGUCGGCCACAUUCUCGCCCAGUGAAGGCUCUGCAUCAGAUGACGAGCUCUCGGAAAGACCCCAGGAGGAGUCUGAUACUCCGCGCGCUGCUGAGACGUCGCAUACAGCUCGGGCUCCGCCGCCCCUUCCGGCUCUUGCUCCGCCGACACCGCAGAUGCCUCCUCCGCCGGUAUCACCCCCGACCUCGCCAGGCGUUUCACAGGGCAGACGCCAGUCGUACUACGAGGCAUCGCCCCGAUCCCCUCCCCUCCCUCCUGCUUCACCGUCAGCCAGGCGUGAAAGUCGCGUGCCUCCUCCGAUUCCCGGUAUGGUCCCGGUGAACCGGGCUCCUCCCCCGCCUCCUCCCGCCGCGCCACCAAGGACACCGACCACGGAAUCUUUCCAUCAACGCCAGGCUUUGUCUCCUGGAAGGGCCAAUGACAAUGAAGAAGUGGAUGAAGAGAUUACCGAGUACGAAGGCGACUAUGAUACGGAUAUUGCGUCCUCUGUUCCCCAUAAGGAUGCGUUGAAGUCUCACCAACGGGAUGCGAGCUUUGACGGGCCCGUGUCGCCACGGUCACUCGUGAAUCGCCCACCUCCUCUUCCCCCGACAUCACCACCGAGAGCCGGCCCCCCUCCUGUCCCACUCAUGUCUCCAGUAGAGAGCCGCAAGUCUGUCGACGUGCCUCGUGCGGCACCUCCACCUCCUCCGACGCAAGAGAUGCCUAGAUACGAGGAAGGAGACUUCGACCCUUACAACUACUCAUCGCCGACUCACGGAACAUCGUCGAUACCGUCAUUCCCUUUGCCUACUUCUCCCCCGGCGCCUCCCGGUAGUGGCCGCCCAUCAACCCGGCAGUCCAUGGAUGCUGCGCGUUCCAAUAUCCGGCGGUCGGUAGAUGUGACGCGGCCAUCGAUGGAAUCAGGCUUCGUUGCUAACGACAUCGACCUGACCAGCCAGUCGACUUGGUGGCUACAGCCCAACAGCCUUCCUCCACCGCUUCACGGACGCAAAGAUAUCCUCUUUGAGUCCGAGGAGUCUACCGCGUCCGAUCCCCACUCCGGUAAGACUGUUGUCACCCGGGACAUCUACGUCUUGUUCCAGGACUACUCCCAGACCGUGAUCACCGUCCGCUUCAACCCUCAUGACCCGUCCGACGUCGAGCUUGAGCAGCGGCACGAACCCCCUCCCCGCACCCUGCGUCAAGACCAGCUUGAACAGAGUUACGAGCGCUUUGGACGCGCCAUCAGCGAGGCCGUGUCCGGCAAGAAGGACACCGUCGUCGGCGAUGGCACUCCUCAAGCGCUGAUCUACGAACUUCUCCGCCCCUUCAAGGACGCCCUCCUGCCCGUCGGCACGCGCGCUUACGGCGCCCUGGUGUACUCCAACCUGGCCAACGCGAGCACCACCCAGAACGACGAGAUCCGCCCCGGCGACAUCAUCUCCAUCAGAAACGCAAAGUUCCAGGGCAAGCACGGCGCCAUGCAUGCCAAGUAUAGCAUGGAGGUCGGCAAGCCGGACCACGUCGGUAUCGUGGCCGAGUGGGAUGGCACCAAGAAGAAGGUCAGGGCGUGGGAGCAAGGACGUGAGAGCAAGAAGGUCAAGGUCGAGAGCUUCAAGCUUGAUGAUUUGAGGAGUGGCGAGAUCAAGAUUUGGAGAGUCAUGCCCAGGAGCUGGGUCGGCUGGGAGGGAGGAAACUAG